GAAACCAGCAGACGGCCGACAGCGCUUCUCGCAUCUCCAGCCACUCACUCCGUGACAGCGCUGACAGGAACCUGUGGACAGACGCUCGGGCACCAGCUGACGUCACAGACCGCGCGGCCACCAGGGUGUGGAUGUCGUCGCUGGCGCUGAACGCCCGCAUCCUGCGCGUGGCCGGGCUCUGGCCGGACUUGGGCAGCCGCCUCUCCACCGCCUACACGGCGCUCGCCGCUGCCUUCCAGAGUGAAGACCUGAAAUGGGCUGCCUACAGCUGCAACUGGCAAGGAGCUCCCAGGUCGUUCACAGACUUACUGAAGAUUGUAAUGCUCUGGGCACAACAACCACUCAUCCUAUCUGCAGGAAAAUACUACAGAAUUUCUCUGAAAACAUUUGUAACAGUGGCAACAGUGAAUCACCAUUGUCUUGAGCUGGAUUUCUUCACACGUGCAUCUGCCAUCUCCAGCGAUGUUCCAGUAGAAAGGCUUUCCACAAGCAGGGACAAGGGCGACUUUUGUUGACAGUCUGUGCUGUGGCUCCUGUGUCUCACUGUAUCUGCUGGAUGUCGCGCUGUGAAGGUUUAGCCUACAUCGGAAA